AUGUGUUGCGUAGCAGCUGAGUUUGUAACAUUUCCUACUUUCGUGGACUCCUGGGCGUUCGCAGCCAGUCGAUUCGUCAGGGUGGAUAAUUUGGAGACCCAGCAGAGCAGCUUGAAGAGCAGUCUUGCAGACCAAAGUGGUUUGAAGACGAGCCAGGUGCGCAUCAUCGGUAUCAGUUUCUCGCCGCUCAUCGUCACCAUCCAGAUCGUCCCUUUGGCGGGCAACACCAAGCUGGACGCAAAAGUUGAGAACGACAUCCAGAACAAGCUGAGCGGGUCUCAAUUCACCUUUCCGUCGGACUUGGCAUCGUACCAGUACCAAUCGUUCACGGCCGCUGGCCGCACAGCCCCCAGCGUCGCGCCUUCCGCACUCGUUCCACAAAGCACAGCGACGUCUUUGCAACCUCCGACUCCGGCAGCAAGCAACCUAUCCCUCGGCAUCGCCCAAGCUUCAUUCAUCGCCCCAAGUUCCGCCAUCACUUCUACACCAACAGCUUCUCAGCAAGAGCAAAGGACACCUCCUCCUCUCUCCAACCAAGAACCUACAUCUCAAAAGAAUUUCAGCUUCAACAAAGCGGCCGUGGCGACUGUUUCUUCCAUUGUCGCGCUCCUUAUCGUGGUGCCGGCUGCCAUCUUCUGUUACUGGUACCUACGCGUACGGAGGAGGAGACGAGCUUCUGCUGCGCUCUAUCGCCGUGCUGCGAUGCGAGAAAAGUUCACCAUCAAGAAAGGACCGGCUACGACGUCCGCUCCUCCCGAGACUCCUGGAGAUCACACAGAUGAGCCGCCUCAGGGCAGUACCGAGCCGUCAACAGCCGAAGCUGCCGCCGCGCCCGCCGAGAAAAUCGACCUUACGGUCCCUGGUUUAGCUGAAGACGUCGACGUGUUCACUUACAACGAGCUGCAGAUCGCCACGAACAACUUCAGUAGGGGUAAUCUGCUCGGAGAGGGAGGCUUUGGGAGGGUGUACAAGGCAACCUUUGAAGACGGAGCUUCCAUCGCGGUCAAGAGGCUGGUCAACGAGAACCAGCUCGGAGCAGAAGACUUCAAGGAAAGAAGCAUAGAGGUGAUAGCGGUGCUGAGCCGCAUGGAGCACCCCAACCUCGUCACGUUCCUGGGCUUCUGCUACGAGCGGAACCAUAAGUGCCUGUGCUACGAGCUGAUGACGAACGGCAGCCUGGAGCACCGCCUGCACGGGGCGCCCAGGCUGAAGAGGAAGUUGACAUGGGUCACCCGGCUACAGAUCGCCCUAGACACAGCGAGAGGCCUCCAGUACAUGCACGACACGUGUUCGCCGCCCGUUAUACAUCGCGACAUCAAGAGCGGCAACAUCCUUCUUGCGUCAGACUUCACGGCAAAGGUGUCGGACUUUGGUCAGUCGCAGAUUGCACCGCACGGGCAAGAACGUCAGACGAGCGCACAGAUCACCUUCGGCUACGUAGCACCCGAGUACGUCAUGACCGGUCAGCUGACGGAGAAGAGCGACGUGUACAGUUUCGGGGUGGUGCUGCUGGAACUGCUGACGGGACGGAAGCCGGUGGACAUGACGCUGCCGUCAGGGAAGCAGAGUCUGGUGACGUGGGCAUCUCCUCAGCUGAGCGACCGCCGCAAGAUCCACGCCAUGGUCGACCCGUCCCUCUCGGGGCAGUACACCGACCGCGUCGUCUGCCAGGUCGCGGCCGUCGCCGCCAUGUGCGUGCAACCGGAGUCGGAGUACCGGCCAGUCAUUGGCGAGGUGGUGCAGACUCUGGAGUACCUCCUGGACGAAGCCAGGAAAGCCCGGGUGGAGGACAUGUACGUUGCGAGCGCGUCAGCAUCUCUGAGCCGGGAAGCGAGCACGGCGUUGGAAGCUGUUGAGGAAGGGCUAGACGUGCCUGCGCCGCGGCCGCUCAGCCGCAGAAGUCGAUUCUAA